AAGCCUUACUGGAUCGAUAGGACGACCAGGGUGGCAGUGUUACUGUCUUGCUUGAAUCUCGCAAUGCACACCCUCCAAGGCUACCCUUCUUAGACGGGCGAGCCUGGUUAAGCUCCCGUUGAGAAUUAACCGUCGACGAAGGCGGAAGCUAAGGAACAGGGCUCGCGGGGCUAGACAUACCGAUAGGGAGGAGUCGUGAAAAAUACAAGUUUUCGAUUCCAGCACAUGUGCGUGGAGAUUCCGAUGUGUUUUCCUCUGGAUGACGAUAUAUAACAGGAUAGAGUACGGACAUCCCCGAAAGCGGUCGAGUUUACGCACAACCGGUUUCGCCGUCAACGUUAACGGUUCGUCCCCGGCCGCCUUCUGCUCGUUUCCGAUUAGCCGCCGUCGCCGCCUCACUCUUUUCUUCGUAACCCCGCGCAAAGUCCUGGGGCUGAGAGCCGUCGCUAUAGGCGCAGAAAAAAAAACGCAAAGAGAAGCCGUGCAUCAACUUCGUAAUACCUGCCUAUCGCCAUGGCUGCUCUACCGCCUGGAGUCGACCUAUGCUCCAUCCCCGCCGGCGUGCCGCCGGAUGGAGUAGUUCCUAACUUUGUCGAUCCCGUCGACGCCUCCGUCGAGACGCUGGUGGCGGGCUCGGUUCUGACGGCAAUCUCGACGAUCUUUGUGCUCGGCAGAUUAUACGUAAACCGGACGCACAUGAAGUUGGCAGACUACCUCACUAUACUCGCGUUUGUCCUAAGCACUGCCUAUUCCGGUCUCGUUAUGGCUGUGCACGGGUAUAGUCGCCAUUCGUGGGAUAUGCCGGCUUGCUGGUAUAUCGAAGACUACAUCUGGAAGAUGCUUUUCACGCAGAACGUGUUUCUGGGGCCGACGCAGUUUGUCACCAAAGCAGGCAUUCUGGUGCUGUACUUCCAGCUCUUCGCGGUCAGCAAGAAGAUGCGCUGGGUCAUCAUGGCCGGCAUCAUCUUCCUCGGGCUGCUCUACCUCCCGCACCCGAUCCUCGUCGGCCUCUACAACGCGCCGCGCCCCGGCGAGCGGUGGGCGGACCUGGCCACCAACGGCAUGCCGCAGAAGAUUUCGUACUACGCGCCGAUCCACGGGGUCGGGUCGAUCGUCGUGGACACGUACAUCUUCAUCAUCCCGUUGCUGGUGCUGAGCAAGCUGCACAUCUCGAAGCAGAAGAGAAUCUCGCUUAUCGCGGUUUUCACCAUCGCCUCCCUUGCCAUCAUCUCGAGCAUAUUCUCCUGCUACUGGCGUAUCACGAUCCUAGUUUCUAACAACGGCGACUUCACGUGGCAAGAGGCGCAACUCUUCAUCUGGAUCAUGGUCGAGCACAACACGGCGCUCGUGGUGGGAUGCAUGCCGAGCUUCUCGGUCUUCCUCAAGAACCACGUGGGCAAGUCGACGUUUAUUGGGACGAUCCGCAGCCGGGUGUUCGGCACGCGUAACGGCGUCACCGGCGUGUCGAAGCCGAGCCUGCCCAGCGAGAACUCGGGCGCGAAGAACAGCAAGCGGCGCGCGCGCUCCGACUACUACGAGCUCGACGAAUCGAUGCUCAACACGCAGGCGAACAUCACGACCCAGGCGAACUACGAGUUUGCGCCCCAGAGCCCGGGGGACAAGGAUCGCGUCAUUUUCAAGACGACAGGUUUCACGCAGGAAUCGCAUCCUCACUCGAUGGUGUAGAGCGAGCGGGCGAAUGGGUGCACACAGUAGCAUCCCCUUACGGUUAUUACGGGACAGGAGUUGGCGGUGUCAGGAAUUUCAUAUGUAGGAUGUAGGCUCGGGAGUGUAAGUUAAGAGGAGAACCGGCUC